AUGGAGUUAGAUCAGUUUAUGAUGAAGCAUCGAAAGGAGUAUGUUGAUCUGCACCAGACUACUGAACAGGUAAAGGAUAGCAUUGAACAACAAAAAACUCAGGAAGAUAAUAGUAUCUUAGAUACAACUCUGGCCAAUCCGGAGCCCAUAGAACCUGAUGAAACUCAGGCACAGCCUUGUAGAGUACAAAAACAACAGCUUCUAGAGCAAGUCCUUCAGAAAGAGCCACGUAAUCUUUUAGAUGGUGCUAGGCAGACGGAGACCAAGAUGGUGGAGAUGUCUGCAUUGAACCACUUGAUGGCAACUCCUGUUCUGCAACAAGCCAAACAGAUAGAGUUUCUAUACGAUCAGGAUUCAAGUGAGGUUCAUGCUUUUGUCUGA